CAAAAACGUUGUCAAGGAUAUUUCAUAAACAGAUGUUAUUUAAAAGACAGAAUAAAAAUUCCUCAAGAUUAUUUAAGUUUAUGUAUGAAUUAAAGAAAUAAUUUUAUCACGGUUAUCUAAGUUUACUUUUAGAUUUGAAGUUGCGUGUUUUCAUAGGAAUAUAUUUGUGCAGUGUCUGCUGAGUUCAUAUUAUGCUCAGUAUAGUUUGCUAUCAACAAGUACAUUGAUUAAUUUAUUUGAAAUUUAUUACAAGAAACUAAAAUGGACGCUGUCUCAAAAAUUGUUAUUCAACCUUUACGGGAAUCUAUAUAUUUGAAACCCUAUACUAUGCAUUUUGUACAGAAUGGCACUAAAAGAACCUGGGACUUAUUAACAGUACAUGACAGUGUAGCCAUAAUUUUGUACAACAUUUCAAGAAACGUUUUAAUUCUUGUAAAACAAUUUCGUCCUGCUGUUUAUUAUGGAAGUAUUCCAGAAAAAGACAGAAUUAUGGGAGAGGAACUUGACACAAAAAAAUACCCACCAGAGUUGGGUAUUACAAUUGAAUUGUGUGCUGGAAUUAUAGACAAAAACAAAUCCGAAGCAGAGAUAGCCAAGGAAGAGGUUUUAGAGGAAUGUGGGUAUGAUGUUCCUGUUUCUAGCAUGCAAAAAAUAGGAUCUUAUAGGUCUGGUGUAGGCACUUCUGCCAGUCUACAAACUGCCUUUUACUGUGAAGUUACUGACGAUAUGAGAGUUUCAUCUGGAGGAGGAGUUGAUGAUGAGAUCAUUGAAGUUGUGGAAAUGUCUGUUGAAGAAAUGAAGAAAUAUGUUACUCAGAACUAUAUAAAAAGUCCUCCUAGUUUUAUGUUUUGUAUGUAUUGGUUUUUAUAUAACAAACAAAAGUGAUGUUAAAAUGAUAUUAGAUAAUUUAUGAAUU